CACUCAACAUAUGAUUUUGACGUGAUAGUUGUCAAAAAUUUAUCAAGCACAGAAGCAGCAAAACUAAAUUUAAAUAUUAUUUUCCAAAAACUGAAUAAAUAAAAUUGGAAAAACAGACAAUCACGAUGGCUUAUUGUCAUUGUAUAGUGGAGAAUUGUGAUACCAUAUCAUCAGCACGUAAUAAGGCUAAGAACAUAUCAUUUCACCGAUUUCCGGUAAACAAAGAACGAAGGCAGAUUUGGUUGGAUAAUUUAAAUUUGCAACCUCAUGUGGUAGAUACUCAUGUUGUAGUAUGCAGCUUGCAUUUCAGAUCAGAAGACAUAUUUCGAAAAUAUAUACGGCCUAGGUAUAAGUACUUUCUGGUGCCUGAUGCUGUUCCGUUGAAAUGGGCUGAUGACCCUAGGAAUAUCCCUAGAAAAUAUGAAAAAGUUGAUCCAGAAUAUGGAACACAUGAGGAAAUUGAAAUCAAUGUUAAAACUGAGCAAAUAAGCUACGAAAAUGAUGCAGUAGUUCUCUUUAAGCCUCAAAUUCAGCCUGAUACCACAAGAACAUUUACAUUUAUAGAAGUACCACAUGCUACUGAAGAAGUUUCUUUGGAGAAUACGCACAAUGAGCAAAUUGUUGUAAAAAAUGAACCAAUGCUAAUAGAAAUUAGCAACACUGAUGAAAUGCAGUUAAAUAUUGAUGGAAAUGAAGCGGCACCUGGAACAACGCAAAUGCUUUGGGAAUUGAGAAAAAAGAAUCAAGUAAAUAUGAAAAUGCAAAAAACCAUCUUGCAUUUAAGAAAGAAAGUUAAAUGUCUUCAACAACAGCUGCGAAGGAGGAACAAAAAACUCGCUGAUUUGAAAGCUAAAAUGAAGAAAUGCAAAUGCAAAAAGAAUCCUGAGAAAAAUAGUCCUAUGAGUCCACAAUCUGCUGAGCUCUCGCGAGAGGAGUCAGAGGAUAUGGUUGAAGUUGAGGAGUUAGAAGAGUUAGACGAUGAUGCUGUAUGGUGGUAAACAAUCAUUAAUUAAACUCAAAAACAACUUUUCAUAAAAUUUGUCUCAAUUUUGAAUUAGUAAUUUAAUGAAUUUAAUAGUAUUACUUACUCUUUGGCCAUAAUUACAAAGAAGACUUCUGAGUUUCUUUAAAAAUGUCAUGUAAAAGCGAUAAAAUCCUAAAUCUGAAUAAAAAUAUACGAUUGUUUCUUUGUAA